GGGAUUUGAUGAAUACAAGACACUGGAAAAUUAACGUGCAUUCUUUCAAAGACGUCAUGGUUGGAGAAAGCCUUUAAAAUAUUUCAAAGUCAAAGAAAACCAUGAUGUUAAGGGUGAACGCUGUCUUAUUGGCUUUCUUCUUCUUCGCAUCUGUAUCAGGCCAGCAGUGCGAAAAAAUUGAGUCUGUGAACGGAAUCCGUCUGACUGGAUUGUCUUUCAAAGCUUUCCAAGUAGAAAAUAUUGGUAUUUGCAAUGACAACUGCGAUACAGAUGAGAAAUGCAAAAGCAUAAAUUACAACAAAGUCACCAAGAGAUGCGAGCUGAACAAGACGAAUAAGGACGGGUUUCCUCUACAGGUCGAUCAGGUCAAACCGUCCAUCUUCUCCGAUAUUCGGCGUCACACGGAAGCCGGCAGCUCGAAAGAUGACGCCGUGGCUUCGUGUCUUCAAGUAAAAAAGUUAAACCCAUGGGCCGCCUCGGGGAACUACUGGAUCAGCGUUAAUCCGCCAAAUGUUAUGCGCGUGUACUGUGACAUGACCACGGACGGUGGAGGCUGGACCCUAGUAUACAGCUAUCGCUUUACUGACUUUGCCAACUUCAUGGAAACCACAAAUGCUCUCACUCCAGUUCCUAACUGGCCAAAAACUGGGGGAGGCAAAGUUAGCAGCGUGACCCCCCUGAACGAGACCUCGUACUCCGCCAUGAACUUUACCCUUUGGAAGCAUAUCGGGGGGGAGUUCAUGGUAAAGUCUAACCUGGCCAACUGGGUUGCCUGUCUUCCUGGUAAUGGUGAUCUGGUUAACUGGAAGGAGGGCUCCAUCACCUGCCGAAUCAUCAAGACCGUAGGGGACAGAUGUCUGGACCUUGUGCCAAGUAGGAUCUUCAAACACAAUUCGUGUGGGAUUGCUCUUUUCCAAAACACUUACAUGUUCUUUUUUGAAGGCAGCAAUGCUGACUGUUUUCCCGUGCAUGACUCGUGUGCUAAGGAAAAUAGGGUCAGCCUCGGAAGCGCCCUUCCCCCUAACGUACCUAACCCCAGUGGUACUAUCUACCUCAGAUAGGUGAACAGCAAUCAACGUACCUAACCCCAGUGGUACUAUCUACCUCAGAUAGGAGAGCAGCACUCAACGUACCUAACCCCAGUGGUACUAUCUACCUCAGAUAGGUGAAUGGCACUCAACGCACCUAACCCAGUGGUACCAUCUACCUCAGAUAGAACAUUAUAGCACUCAACGUACCUUACCCAGUGGUAUGCACCAUUAAUCUCAAAUAGGAGUACAACAUCACUCUAUUAGUUCUAGAGAAACUAUAUUUCAUUGAUAAAAAAAGAUUGAUCAUUAUUGAAUUAAUUAAGAAGUUCCAAGAAUUUGGAAAUCACGGCAAGUCACGUCAGUAAAAUGCCUUUUGGUAAAAUUUUAACUGCUGUGUUAACGUACAUAACGCCAGAGGAGCUAAAGCAUAUCAACGUACCUAAUCCCAGUACUAGACCAAUACCCUAGUGAAAGGGCUACUAUGGGCUACUCUCAAAAGCAGAUAAUCUGUAAUAUCACCAAUUUGCUUUGUUGUCUUUUAUCGUGUCUAUUUUUUUUUUACUAUCCCUUAUUUAUCCAAUGUUAACCGCUGUGUUUGUUCAUUUAGACGCUGACCGCCAAAUAUUUUUUUUUUACAGCGCGGGGUUUAUUCGAAUAAAAACAUUGUAACGAUAA